UCUGCAGCUUCUACUAUCUAGGCAAUUCCCGCCUGCUGCACUUGCAGACUUGCAGUUCAAACUAUUUCUCAAAUGGCUUCUUCCUUCUCCGAGCUUUGUCCGUCCUUUUCACCAGUUAUCAUCAGAAACCCUAAUUGAGGAUAAUCGACCUACCACUUUUCAAAUCUAUUGGUAUUUGUCCAUGGAAAUCUCGGAAGAGCAGAGGAAAAGAGCCGAAGCCAACCGACUGUCUGCUCUUGCAAAGCGUCAGGCCGCAUCAGCGUUGAGAGAAGAUCCAUGGAAGCUGUUUAAAUGCCGUAAGGUUUUGCAGGAAUCCAGACCACUACAGGUACCUGAUAACCCGUUGUCCGAUGUGUUGCAGAAACCCAAUACGCCUCCGCCCAUCAGGUUCCGCGUUAGGCUCGAGAUUUGUUCUCCUGAUUCGUUUUCUGUCACGCCAGAACCUUUGCCGGGUUUUCCUUACCCCGGGGAAACCAUCUGCCUGGAGAAGCUCAAUGAGUGCCUGUCUUUUGUCGUUCCAUCGCACUAUACUCAAAAUACGAGUGGUGGGAAGGAUUCUGUUUAUAAGCUCAACGAUUAUGGAGCAAUUCUUAAAUGUUUAAAGCGUUCUAGAGAUAUCGAAUGUGAAGGGGUUCCUAACUCAACACUUAUAGUUGUCCAGAAGUUGUCGGAGUCCUUUGUGGUUGACCGUUGGGUACCAUGCAGGCCGGAACAUUUGUCUGAUGUUGAGGUAGAUGCUCUGAUAAGGUCACUACCUAAAAUGCUGUUAGAGACACUUCUACCUUUUCAACUUGAUGGUGUGAGAUUUGCUUUGCGACGUGGUGGACGCUGUCUUAUUGCAGAUGAAAUGGGCCUUGGGAAAACUCUUCAGGCAAUUGCAAUUGCGUGCUGUUUUAUGAAUGAAGGUCCUAUACUUGUUGUUUGUCCUGCUAUCUUGCGAUUUCCAUGGGCAGAGGAAUUAGAGCGUUGGCUUCCUUUUUGCUUGCCUACUGAUAUCCAUCUUGUUUUUGGUCAUCAAGAUAAUCCUGUCCGCUUGGCAAAAUUUCCAAGAGUUGUGGUUAUUUCAUACACCAUGCUUCAUCAUUUACAUAAGAGCAUGCUAGAUCGAGACUGGGCUGUUUUGAUUGUUGAUGAAUCUCACCACAUCCGAUGUACAAUAAAAAAGUCAGAGCCAUUAGAGAUAAAAGCAGUGCUUGACGUGGCAACAAAAAGCAAACGUAUAAUAUUACUCUCUGGGACACCUUCAUUGUCAAGGCCAUAUGACAUAUUUCAUCAAAUAAAUAUGUUAUGGCCUGGCUUGCUGGGAAAGGACAAAUAUGAAUUUGUCAGAAACUACUGUGUAGUAGAGUCUGUUCCAGGUUCUCAAAAGAGGAGAUUCAGGGGUGUUCGCUUGGAGGAAUUGAAUGUGUUGCUAAAGUUAUCCGUCAUGAUAAGGCGUUUGAAGAAGCAUGUAUUAGUUCAGUUACCACCUAAACGUAGGCAAGUUAUAACAUUGAUACUGACUAGUGAAGAUAUUAAAUCAGCAAAAGCUGCUGUUAGGGAGGUUGAUGGAGAUCUGAAGUGUAUGGAAAGAAAAGAUGUUUCUGAAGAAGAUGCUGAAGAUGAUGAUGACUACCUUAGAACUUCAAGGAAUCUUUCAGAUCAAGAACUUGGUGCUGCAAAGCUUUCUGGGUUUCGUGAGUGGUUCUCCUUCCAUCCUAUUGUUACAGAACCAGCAGUUCAGGGAAAUUCAAAUAUGGAUCAUAACUCCCAUAAAAUGUUAAUUUUUGCUCAUCAUCAUGUAGUUCUUAAGGGUGUUCAGGAGUUGGCAGUUGAGAAGGGGAUCAAGUAUGUCUGCAUUCAUGGGAAAACACCUCCCAUGGAUAGGCAAGCGGCUGUGAAAUCUUUCCGAUCAUUGCCAGAGGUUAAAAUUGCAAUAAUAGGGAUAACUGCUGCAUCACAUGGACUGGAUUUUUCAUUAGCUCAAAAUGUUGUUUUCUUGGAGCUGCCCAAAACACCAAACCUUCUGCUUCAGGCUGAGGAUCGAGCUCAUAGGCGAGGGCAGACAAAUUCAGUCAAUAUAUACAUCUUCUGUGCAAAGGACACUUUGGAUGAGUCACGUUGGCAGAAUUUAAACAAGAUUGUGCACUGUUGUUCAUCUGUGACAAAUGGGAAAUAUGAUGUGGUUAAAGAGAUUGCGGUUGAAAAAGUUUCUGAUCUUAAUCUUGAAAGGAGUUCUGCUGAACAUGAAAGCCCAGAAGGGAAUGGGACUGAUGUCUUGGAAGCUGAAGCUUCAGGUUCAAACAUUGUUGGAGUACAUGACAAACUUCCCAUAGUUGGACAAAUGGUCUAUGGGAACAGUGCUGUAAAUGGGGGAACACAACUUGUCAAAAUGUAUGUUGAAAUAGCUGAGGAAGUUAAAGAUGGAUCUGAUGAGCUGGUUGAGGCUGAACCAAAUAAUUCAAUGCAAAUGGAUUUCCUUCAUUACCAAUCAAAAAAAGAAGACUUCUUUCAUUUGAAGGCUGAGGAGGAUUGUGAUUUUGAGAUGGCAAUGGAGUCAGGUCCAAAUAUAAUCUUUGAAGAGAGUGCUUCUGAAGCUUUACAAAUUUGGUGUCCUAAGAUAGUUUCUGCACGUAAACUGGAAAAGGACAGUGAAAAAGAUGAGUCAUUGGAGAAGCUUGAGCUUGAAGGAAAUUUGCUUCUUAAUUCACAUUCAACUCUUUCUCAAAAAAAACCCGUGAAUGUGGGAAUGCAGGCAAACAUAGCAUGUGCUUUGACAUCUAAUGAAGAUUUGCUUGGACCUAUUGAACUGUCUGAACCUGAAUCAAGUGGUUCUAUUCAAGCAUGUUAUCUGAGGUUUCAGGUAAGCCACUAUACCGGAAGGAUCCACCUGUAUUCUUGCAUUGCAGGAAAGGAUUUAAGGCCAAGACCUCUUUUCAAGAAUUUCCGACCAGAGGAACUGGAGUCUCUGAGUUUAUCUCCUGAUAAGGACAAGGUGAUAACUUCCAAUUUUAUUAGGGAAAAUCCAUCUUGUCAUGAUGUGAUCGUUGAAUUUAUCAAGGAAUGGAACAGUUUAAGACCUGUUGAACAAAAGAAAUUGCUUGGGAAGCCUUUACAACUUCCAUUAAGCCUUGAGCUAUUCUAUCUGAAAGAAACCAUUAACCAUGGAAAUGGGGGACUGCUCAAAGGUAGAAGCAAGAGACGUGCUACACCUUUACAUGAAAUAAGCCAUCCACUGCCAGAAAAUGCUAUCUGGAAGAAGAUCUCUCUUCAUAGUGGCUAUGGGAAAAAGGAGAAAGUAUACACUCAGGGCUGGACAAUAAUGGGUGAACCUCUUUGUAAACUGUGUCAAACACCAUGCAAGGGUCAGCUUGCAAAGAUACCUGAGUUUUUUGAGGAUCUGUUUUGUAACAUGGAAUGCUUUGAAGAAUAUCGAAUAAGAACAAGCCGAAGAUCUUUGCGAGAGGCACUUUUCCAACUAGAGCAUGGCAUUUGCACAUUGUGCAAACUAGAUUGUCAUAAACUUGUUGAGCGCAUACGGCCCUUGUCUGUUGCAAGGCGAAUGGAGUACAUUGAGAAGGAAGCUCCAAAAAUAGCCAGACAUAAGAACUUGUUUGAUAAGCUCGUUAGUCAACCAAUUGACGGCAAUUCAUGGCAUGCUGAUCAUAUAGUACCUGUUUAUCAAGGAGGAGGGGAAUGCAGAUUAGAUAAUAUGAGGACCCUCUGUGUUGCCUGUCAUUUUGAGGUUACUGCAGCUCAACGUGCUGAGCGGUGCUUAGCAAGGAUCAAGGCUAAGGACCAGCUUAAGGUCGUCAUGAAUGAGCUAAAAGAUGGUGACAAUACCAAACUUGUUGACUCUAAUGUGGAGGUCCAUGGGAACUCGGAGACGCUGGAGAGCAUAGAUGACGAUGAGCUUUUAAUCAAGGUCCCUGGUAGUGCAUACUCUGCAUGGCAAAAUACUCCGGAGGGAACCCAAGUAGAGGAAUAGUCUCUGCGGACCGAUUUUAUUAUUAUUAUUUUUUUUGGGGGGGUGGGGGGGGGGUGGAAACACCAGUUAACUUAUAUGAAUUAUGAUCUGUAGAAAACAUUGUUUACCAGUAACAACCGUAUUGUAACACUAAUGCAAGCAUUUCUUUUGUUUCCCGUUUUCAUUUUAUUAGAUCCAAGAUUCUUUUGUUUAUAUACUUUAUUUAUUUAUUUCUUUGGGGAGGGGGGCGGGGGAUGUUACUUUUGAAUAAUUCGUUUUAUGGUUUUGAAACCACCGUUGACCUGGACAGUUGGACUGUUCGACCCGGAAACUGGUUAAGGUACUAGUUCCACUUUAGUGCUGAACUGUUAUUUUACCACAAAAUGUUUAAUUGGUCAACAAACCAUUGAUCUGGAUGAUUUAACC